GUUAACCAACAAAAUAGGGUCCUUGGCUAGCUGCUCGUCUUUUCGAGAAAAAUAAACAACUCUUCUUAGCGAAAAUAACAGCACUCGACUGCUAUAGCGUUGAAGUCUGAUUAGACUGUCUGAAAAUGGUUCGAAAAUCAUAAGUUCAUGUGUUUGCACUGUUGUCGCUGUUUUUCGAAGACGCCAGUUAGCCUGCUAAUGUUAGCAAACUAACGUAGCCAUCACUGAACUAGCUUGCUAGCUAGCUACACACAAAGCUACAGCUAUGUUUGUGCAAGAAGAUAAGAUAUUCGCUGGAAAAAUAUUAAAAAUCCACAUUUGUACUAUGGAUGGUACAGAGUGGUUGGAAGAAGUAACAGAGGAUACCACUAUUGAAAAACUCAAAGAGAAGUGCUUGAAACAUGUAUGUUUGUGUUUAUUUUCCUGCUUGCUCAUUGGUGUUUGCUCGGGUCAGGGUGAAAUUGUAACGUAGUUGUGUAACUGUAUCGCUGAUGUUUGCAGCCCCAGUUGAAAUAGUCAGUGUCAGUCUUUCCGUAUUUAUAGUAACUGGGUAGACACUGCUAUUUAUAAUUUAGCAAGUUGGUUCACAAGCUAGCUAGCCUAGAAUCCCUGCAAGCUAUGCGCACCUCAUGAGCUCCUUAGCAAAAUGUGAUAGCUAGCCUAGCCACAAUGCUCGUGUCUGUUGGUGUAGCUAUGUAAGUUACUCUGUUUAUGUUUCUAGGCUCCUGCCUUCUGAGUUUUCCUUAUUUGUUCCACAGUCUAUACUGUGCUGUUGCUAGUUAGGGCUACCCAUUUUUAUGCUUGAUUCUUCCCUAAGUGCCAGUAUGAUGCCCUAUAUGUAGCUAGCCUACCCCAUAUGGCUGCCAGUCUCUUUCUGCACUGCAUCCUCCUAGUACAAGUUUAGAUAAGCGAGACAACAGUAAGAGACCCAGCUAAUGCAGAAAUCAUUGGCAUCUUUAGAAACGGGGUUGGCUAUUGAUAUAGGUCUAGCUAGCCUAUACAUUACCAAUUACAAACUGCUUAUGACGCUGUAGUAUUUUACCAGGAUAAAAGUACUGCUACUUGUUCCAUCUGUGGGAUAAUUUGGGGGGUUUGCUUGUUUUGCAGUAUGUACAUGGAAGCCUCGAAGACCCCAAAACAAUCACACACCAUAAACUUGUCCAUGCUGCCUCGGAGAGGAUCCUCACAGAAACUAAAACAGUUGCAGAUGAAAGUCUAAAAGAUAAAGGUACUCCUAUGGAUUUUGAAGUUGUCUCAAUGUUUAUAUUUUCCCCACAAACAAUAAGCCAAUAUGAUCAAUGCUACUACAUGCCAUUAAGUGAAUGUUUUCCUUUGGUUUUAGAUGUUCUUCUACUGAUAAAGAAGAGACCACCGCCACCCCCUCUGAAAAUGGCUGACAUAACUGCAGAGGAAAAGGUAGGCCCUACAACAGAUUUAUAUACUCUCCCUAAUUGUAUUAGUUUGUGGCUUGUCGAACUCUGCACUUAAUCUCAAUAGGCACUGAUCAUCAGACAAAAAUAUUUAAUGUAUUGCUAAGACUGCGAGAACCAGGGACAAGCACAUCAAAAAACGUAUUACAACUAGUUGUACUGUUUGGGACGGUCUUUAGUGUGUGUUUCUUCCUUGUCUGUCAGAAGAAACAGGAUAACAAGGCUCCAGAUAAGGAUGCUAUCCUGAAGGCCACCGCUGGCCUGUCCACCCGCCACACAGACCGCACUGUCACCCAGCACAACAUCAGAGACGUAAGUACAGUACAAUACAGUAUUACAGUAAAUAACAUGUCUGAAUGCAUAGUUCAAAGCACUUCAGGAGAUUUCCACUUACUAUUGUACUGAAAUUCUGUAGUCCUAAAAUGCAUGGGCCUGCAAACUUAUCAGAGGCAUUUUCAAAUGAGUGAAUUUGAUUAAGCCUGUUCUAAAUCCCUGAUACUAAGAUUACAUUUUUAAAUUUAACCAGGAAGUUCCAAUGAGGUCAGAAGACCUCAUUCCCAAGGGCAAGUUGGUAAUGCUCUUAAUGUUAUGCCAUGAACCUCAUUCUUAAAGAGAGGUUAUUAAUUCUGGUUUAUGUGUGCAUGUGUGUGUACAUUUUCCAUCAGUUUCAGACGGAGCUCAGGAAAAUCCUUGUCUCUCUCAUUGAAGUGGCCCAGAAGCUCCUCGCCUUGAACCCCGAUGCCGUGGAGCUCUUCAAAAAGGCCAAUGGUACAGUGUGCACUGUGCAGACUUUAUUUCAUUAUCAAAGAUUAUGCAGGGCUGUAACAGGCUAGUUAUGCAUGAGGUUUUUAAUGAGCAAAAAGUUGGAGCUGUAACAGUCAUGUUGUCACUGAGCUUAUGUAUGAGUGACAGAACAGUGCAUUAUUUAAGGGAUAAUCAACGAGUGGCUGUAAGUUCUCUGGAAAAUAAUGUGCCAAGUGGAAGGUGUGUUCCACGACGCGUUAGCGAAGUGGAACUCACUUUCCACAGAGUUGCAUUAUUUUCCAGAGAAUGCAUAGAGCUCCCAAGUUGAUUAUCCCAUUUUUAUACCAUGGCUAUAAUUUGUUCAACAUCCUCUGCAGUAGCUAGCAAGUUUACUAGAUAUCUACAGUAGUUGCCUUGCUAGCUCAGCUAACCCAUAUAAAUCAGUAUGAUUGAUUCUGAUUUCUAUGAACAAACCAUCAGUCCUAGCUUGCUAUUAUGAAAAUCUAAUUCAACAAUGCCAAUAAUGUUUUCAAAUCGACUUUUGCUUUCAAAAGCAGCUCAAACAGAACAUGUAAGUAUGAAUUUCAUAGCCAUUGAAUUAUACUGUGCAAUUAUACUGCGCAUUAUAGGGAAUUAUACAACGGGUGGGUCUAAUUCUGAAUGCUGAUUGGUUAAAACCGCGUUCCAGCCGGUGUCUAUUCCACAAUUUACCACUGGCUAAAUCUGACAUUUAAAUGCCUAUUUACUCUGUUCCAUCUGACUGCACAAUCCACUGUCCCAUCAGCCCAGCCAGGCAAUGUAUAAACUUGAUCUCCACUAUAAAAAGCAUCUAGACAUUAUCUCACAUUUCUUUUAGACCAACAUUUACAGUGAGGAUAAAAAUCAUGAAUAGGCAUAAUUUUUAUGUAUACAAAAAUAUCAAUAGAAAACUGUUCAAAAGAAAUUAAGUGCAACUAGUUUGCUGUCUUUCCAGCUUCAGUUUGAAGUGAUUGUGUUAGCUGUGUUGUUGGCUAGCUCCUCUGAACAACAGUGUCCUGACAAGAGAGCACAUUUUCUACGGCAGACGAAAUUGCGCAUCAUUAGCUCAUUGUUAUGGAUGUAUCCAAAUAAAUGUCACUAGAAAACAGCUUAAAUAAACGCAAAUGUAGCUAAACUCAGCAAAAAAAGAAACGUCCUCUCACUGUCAACUGCGUUUAUUUUCAGCAAACUUAACAUGUGUAAAUAUUUGUAUGAACAUAACAAGAUUCAACAACUGAGACAUAAACUGAGUUCCACAGACAUGUGACUAACAGAAAUGGAAUAAUGUGUCCCUGAACAAACGGGGGGGGGGUCAAAAGUAACAGUCAGUAUCUGGUGUGGCCACCAGCUGCAUUAAGUACUGCAGUGCAUCUCAGUGGUCUAAGGCACUGCAUCGCAGUGCUAGCUGUGCCACCAGAGAUCCUGGUUCGAAUCCAGGCUCUGUCGUAGCCGGCCGCGACCGGGAGACCCAUGGGGCGGCGCGCACAAUUGGCCCAGCGUCAUCCAGGGUAGGGGAGGGAAUGGCCGGCAGGGGAUGUAGCUCAGUUGGUAGAGCAUGGCGUUUGCAACGCCAGGGUUGUGGGUUCGAUAAAAUAAUGUAUGCACUAACUGUAAGUCGCUCUGGAUAAGAGCGUCUGCUAAAUGACUAAAAUGUAAAUGUAAUCUCCUCCUCAUGGACUGCACCAGAUUUGCCAGUUCUUGCUGUGAGAUGUUACCCCACUCUUCCACCAAGGCACCUGCAAGUUCCCGGACAUUUCUGGGGGGAAUGGCCCUAGCCCUCACCCUCCGAUCCAACAGGUCCCAAACGUGCUCAAUGGGAUUGAGAUCCGGGCUCUUCGCUGGCCAUGGCAGAACACUGAAAUCACGCACAGAACGAGCAGUAUGGCUGGUGGCAUUGUCAUGCUGGAGGGUCAUGUCAGGAUGAGCCUGCAGGAAGGGUACCACAUGAGGGAGGAGGAUGUCUUCCCUGUAACACACAGCAUUGAGAUUGCCUGCAAUGACAACAAGCUCAGUUAAAAGAUGCUGUGACACACCGCCCUAGACCAUGACGGACCCUCCACCUCCAAAUCGAUCCCGCUCCAGAGUACAGGCCUCAGUGUAACGUUCAAUCCUUUGACGAUAAACGCGAAUCCCACCAUCACCCCUGGUGAGACAAAACCGUGACCCGUCAGUGAAGAGCACUUUUUGCCAGUCCUGUCUGGUCCAGCGACGGUGGGUUUGUGCCCAUAGGUGACGUUGAUGCCGGGGAUGUCUGGUGAGGACCUGCCUAACAACAGGCCUACAAGACCUCAGUCCAGCCUCUCUCAUCCUCUUGCGGACAGUCUGAGCACUGAUGGAGGGAUUGUGCGUUCAUGAUGUAACUCGGGCAGUUGUUGUUGCCAUCCUGUACCUGUCCCGCAGGUGUGAUGUUCGGAUGUACCGAUCCUGUGCAGGUGUUGUUACACGUGGUCUGCCACUGCGAGGACAAUCAGCUGUCCGUCCUGUCUCCCUAUAGCGCUGUCUUAGGCGUCUCACAGUACGGACAUUGCAAUUUAUUGCCCUGGCCACAUCUGCAGUCCUCAUGCCUCCUUGCAGCAUGCCUAAGGCACGUUCACGCAGAUGAGCAGGGACCCUGGGCAUCUUUCUUGUGGUGUUUUUCAAAGUCAGUAGAAAGGCCUCUUCAGUGUCCUAAGUUUUCAUAACUGUGACCUUAAUUGCCUACCAUCUGUAAGCUGUUAGUGUCUUAACGACCGUUCCACAGGUGCAUGUUCAUUUAAUUGUUUAUGGUUCAUUGAACAAGCAUGGGAAACAGUGUUUAAACCCUUUACAAUGAAGAUCUGUGAAGUUAUUUGGAUCUUUGAAAGACAGGGUCCUGAAAAAGGGACAUUUCUUUUUUUGCUGAGUUUACUUUGCUGUUAUUCUGGCUGCAUUGUUUGACGUCACUGUAAGUUAGCCUUAGUUGGCUAGCUAGCAAGCAAGGGAUAAGAACAUUGCCAGCCAGUAUGACAAUGGAACUUUUAGAAUGAACGACUGGGUCGCGUCUCUGGCAACUGAACCGAUAGAACGACCAGCCAGCCAGCUUGGGUAGCAACCCUAGAUUUGUGUAGGGACUAUAUCUUGUGGAAGGAUGAAAUAGUAUGAAUAAAUUCAUCAAAAUAAAGUUUUUUAUGAAAAUAUGUAAAUCAUUAUUUGAAUAUGUUGGUAACCCGUUGUAUAAAAGUGAUAAUGCCCGAGAAGCCUGUGUUUGUCUCGGGCCUAACAACACCCAUGCCAGUAUAUCCUCCAAACACCGGCUUCUCAGGCAUUAUCACUUAAAUAAUGCAAGCUCUAGAAUGCCCUUCAAGGCAAUCAAUGCCACGGUAUAAAGUAUUAUUAUAGGUAUACUGUUAUUCACUAAUAUUGUCUGUCUGCGUGUGAUUGUCAGCCAUGCUGGAUGAGGAUGAGGAGGACCGGGUGGAUGAGACGGCCCUUCAGCAGCUGACUGAGAUGGGUUUCCCUGAGAGCAGAGCCAUCAAAGCUCUCAGACUCAACCAGUGAGUCACAAUCAAUAAUACUUAUCAGCACCAGAAGUGAAUUUAGAUCAUCCAAACAGAAUCACUGACACAACGAGUGCAGGGUUUUUUCUGAAUCAAAAAGGGGCUUAAGGGGGUGGGCGUGACAAGGAUGUGACAAUGGGCAUGGUCAGCCCAUGGUUAGUGCUAUCUUGGACCAGCUUUAUUUGGUCAAGGCCCUGGGCAAUAACAUUUUUGAGGCCCCCAUCUUGGCCGCGGGGCUAUUUCUUGCAAUUUUGCAACGUAGGUGCACACAGGUCUAGAGACAUUUGAGGUGACAGACAGUGACAUUCAAUACCGCCUUGCACACUCUUGUCUGCAUCUAGCUGAUAUAGGGUGUAAUCAUUAGUCCAACAGUUGCAAACAAGAGUUUCUAUUGGACAAAUUCAACAAUGUUUAUACUCAGUUUGUUCCGUUUUAAGAAACAUUUUCCAACAGAAUCGGCUGAAUGAAUACACCCCUGAUCACUCGUAAACACAGUUCACUUUCAUAGUAGCCACAUUGUAUUCCUUCUUGCAUCUAUGCACUCUCCUCCUCUCACCUCUUCCCUUUCACUUGUGGACUUCAAUGCACAACACAUCAGCUGUAAGUGACCAGGCGAAAAACCCUUUCCAAGCUAAACCGCUACAAACAGCCGACAUCGUUGUCAGCAUAUUAGCUAAAGUAACGUCAUAGUCAGCAUAGCUAAUAGAACUAACGCGUUAGUAAACCUGCUACAAUCAUGCAGUAACGUUACAGUCAGUAAGCAGUUACACCAGCUGGCCCCGGUGGCAAUACAUUUGUCAAACCAAAAGCUUACCUUGACUUGGAAGAGUUCCAGUGUUGUGUUGGAAAGUCAUAGCCAGCUAGCUCUGUUUGAGCAGGGUGUUUCAGUAGGCUAAACUACCUAGCUGCAUUUGCUAGCUAAGUGAAAGUGGGGGAAAAAAGACAAUCUCUCUCUCUCUAUUUCUCUCUUGCUUCUCCUUCAUUUUGGAAGAAAUUAAUUUGUUCAAAACUGUUCAACUAUUGUCUUUCUCAGAGUCAACUACUCACCACAUGUUAUACACUGCAUUGCUAGCUUUCAGUACUAGAUUAAUUAUCUGAUCCUUUGAUUGGGUGGACAAAAUGUCAGUUCAUGCUGCAAGAGCUCUGAUAGGUUGGAGGACGUCCUCUGGAAGUUGUCAUAAUUACUGUGGAAGGGGGUGAGAACCACGAGCCUCCUAGGUUUUGUAUUGAAGUCGAUGUACCCAGAAGAGGACGGAAGCUAGCUGUCCUCCGGCUACACGAUGGUGCUACCCUACAGAGUGCUGUUGAGGCUACUGUAGACCUUCUUUGCAAAAUAGUGUGUUUUAAUCAAUUAUUUGGUGAUGUGAUUAUAUUUAGUAUAGUUUUAUCCAAAAGGAUAACUUUUUUAAAUGUUUAACUAUUUUUAUUUUUAUGAAAUUCACUGAGGAGGAUGGUCCUCCCCUUCCUCAUCUGAGGAGCCUCCACUGCCCUGGAGUAUAGUCUGAGUCAAUGAUACUGGUCAGUGGUCAAAUCAGUGAAGUUUAUAAAGAAUCAAUUAACCACUGAGCCUGUGAUUCUAUCCAGCACCAGUUGUUUGAAUCACAACAAGUGAGUCCAGUCAGAUGAGUCAUCUGAGUCUGAAACAACACGUUUAACCAUGCCCUUCCCUCACUCCCUCUCCUGCAGCAUGUCAGUGACCCAGGCCAUGGAGUGGCUGAUUGAGCACGUAGACGACCCCGCGGUGGACACCCCCCUGGCCGGCCAGGACGCCCCAGGAGCAGUAGGAGCCACAGCACCACCCCUGGUCCCCUCUAUCUCCGCCUCAUGUCCAAACCUCCUCCGCACCCUCUCCCAGACCAGCACAGAUGCCGCCGUCGCCAGGCAGGACGAGCUCACUGAGAUCUUCAAGAGGAUCCGAAGGAAAAGAGAGUUCAGGCCUGACUCACGGGUGAGUGUUUUCUGUCCCAAUGCCCUGGGAUAUACCAAGCUAACACUGUUACAUGUUAGCCUGGUCCCAUAUAUGUUUGUGCUGAAUAGCCAACUGAAGGAUUUGGCAAGACGACAAACAGAUCUGGGACCAGGCAAGAUACACUGAGUGUAGAAAACAUUAGGAACACCUUCCUAAUAUUGAGUUGCACCCCCAUUUAUCCUCAGAACAGCCUCAAUUCUUCAGCCUCAACUCUACAAGAUAUCGAAAGCGUUCCACAGCGAUGCUGGCCCAUGGUGUGCCUGGCACCUACUACCAUACCCCGUUCAAAGGCACUUCAAUCUUUUGUCUUGCCCAUUCACCCUCUGAAAUGUACACAUACACAAUCCAUGUCUCAAUUGUCUCGAGGCUUAAAAAUCCUUCUUUAACUUGUCUCUCCUCCCCUUCAUCUACACUGAUUUGAAGUGGAUUUAACAAGUGACAUCAAUAAGGGAUCAUAGCUUUCACCUGGAUUCACCUGGUCAGUCUGUCAUGGAUAGAGUUCCUAAUGUUUUGUACACUCAGUAGUUAUUAGCUAGCUUACAUAAAAUGUUGUAAAAUGUGUCGCUGCUACUCUCUUACUGAAUGUUGGCAUCAUACUGUGAUAAACUAUUGGUAUUUUUAUAGAAUGACAGUGUAGUAUGUAAUGAUAAACUAACUCCGUAUCGUUCUUUGUCUCUGCAGGCAGUCAUUGCGUUAAUGGAGAUGGGCUUUGAUGAGAAGGAGGUGGUCGAUGCUCUGAGAGUCAAUAACAACCAACAGGACACUGCGGUAGGUUUACUGUCCACACUGAGGAAUAAAGGAUCUGACACCGAGGUGUUCCGCUAUUGACAUACUCGCUUUGUCUUCUGUAUAUGAUCAGCGCAAAGAAGCAGGCACUUACUUAUUGAGCAAAAAAAUAGUUUUUGCUUGCUGUCUUGUAUGAAUGGACAGCUUUUUACGCCUCUUACCCAUGUUGUCAUUUGGAAUGAGAACUGGUUCUCCAUUGACCGUCCAAGUUUAAGAGAAGUUAACUAACCGAUCUAAACUGCAGUGCGAGUGGCUGCUGAUUGGUUAACCUCUUGUUGUCCCAUAGUGCGAGUGGCUGCUGGGGGACAGGAAGCCGUCUCCAGAGGACCUGGAUAAAGGCAUUGACACCAACAGUUCUCUGUUCCAGGCCAUCCUGGAGAACCCUGUGGUCCAGCUGGGCCUCACCAACCCUAAAACACUGCUGGGUAGGUUUGAUUUAGGCAUAAAGGGAAUUGUACAGUUAAAAAUAACAAAUAAAGCUCAGAGGAUAAAGGGGUGUACCUAUACAUCAAGCCUCACACUACAGAAACAGGUUUCUGUCCUAUGGGCCAUUCUGGCUCAGACAAUGCUACUUAUUGAAUUGUAUCUUAAAACCCUCCAAAACCUUUUUGUUGUUUGUGUGUAGCGUUUGAGGACAUGUUGGAGAACCCUCUGAACAGCACCCAAUGGAUGAAUGACCCUGAGACUGGGCCUGUCAUGCUGCAGAUCUCCAGAAUCUUCCAGACACUCAACCGCACGUAGGGACCGUAUGGUGACCUGGUGUGAGCUUGUGUGUGU